ACAUCAGUGCUCUCAUAAAAGAAAUUCUUGAGGGUAACAGAAGAAACGAAGGCACAAUGCUCUGAUGAUACUUCAAAGAUUGAAGUAUGCGAAUCAGUUUCAGAAAGAUAAGAGCGCGAAGCCACUACGUCAUUUAAUAUCUGGGAGUAGCUUGGAGACAGCCUGAUAGUCGCAAUUCCGACUACUUGAAUCGGAUCUUGGUAUCAGGGUCCGGUGCUAAGCUGGAAAUAUUCGAAUAUCUCUUCAAGUAUGUCUUCAUUAUCUGUUGAAGAUAUCAAAACAACGGGGACAAGUUUGUCCCCAGAGGAUGAGGUCAUGAAGGAACUGGAGUGCCCAGUAUGCCUUGAUUUCAUGUAUGAGAAUAUACGUAUGUGUGAAGCUGGACACAACAUAUGUUUUGGAUGUUCUGACAAGCUAAACACAUGUCCCCUUUGUAGAAAGAAUAUGCUUGUAGGGACGCGAAAUAGAGCACUGGAGAAAAUGGCAUCACGAAUGACUUUCCCAUGUCGAUACCACACUGCAGGAUGCUCUGAAAGCUAUCCUGCAACUCUAUUAAGUCAGCAUUUGCUGGUGUGCCCUCGUCGCCCUUACUCUUGUGCAGUAGAUGCUGCAAAUUGCAAUUGGAAAGGUCAACUGCAUCAGAUGGUUUCACAUUUACAAGAGGAGCAUCAUGAGCAGCUCUGGGCAGAACAGAGUGUGACAUUUGUGUACACAAAAUUUGAUGGUACAAAUAUGGAUGUGCUGCAUGUGCUGGGAGGAGAAAUGUUUCUUAUCCAUCGUCGCAUUGAUACAACCAAACAGUUGUUUUAUGCAACAGUCCAGUAUUUGGGUCGAGAAGAAAAUGCAAAGCAGUUCAAGUAUACAGUGAGGAUUUUUCGCCUUGAUGGAAGAAAAAGUGUGUCCUAUCAAGAUAUGACAUUUCCUGACACACAGAAUGUCGACACUAUACUUGAAUCUGCCAAUUGUGCUUGCUGGUGUAUGGACUUUGUGCGAAGCUUCAUAACAAAUGGUGAACUGUGGUGUACAGUUGAAGUUUCCUAUUUGUAAGGUUCAUGUGAUUCUGACUACAUAGUAAAGUAACUCAGUCUUUAAAAAAAUUAACAAAAGAAAGUUGUAAUACCUUUGUUAACGUUAAGCUAGGGUGUUUUUGAGAAUAGAGCCAGCUAAAAGACUAAGUAUAAUAUGUAUUGUAAUUAAAAGAGCUGUGUUCUAUAUGGUAUUUCUGUAUGUUGUAUAUGAAUGAUUUUCUUAUGCAUUUGUUAUUACUUGAGUUGUCUCACCAAUACAUUUCUGUCAUGUUGCAAGGACCAGAAAAUUUAUAGCAUUUGAUACUGAAUUCUAUAUUAUAUGUGGCUCAAAGCCAUCUGUUGAUUAAGAAUGUGUGUUAUUUUCUUGAGGCAAUAUUUCUACAUUGAAACUGUUGUAAAUAUAGAUGGAUGUUCAAGCUGAACACAAAGUAUUAAUGUUGUGACUGAAUAUUUUGGAAUAAAUAUAUUUUAUGUAAGAGGCAACCUAAUAACAGAAUAGCACAUCCCAAUUUUUUUGGCAGUACUAAAUAUUAACUACUGAUGUGACAUUGUAUAAUAUAUUGUUGUGAACACAUCUUGUAAAACAUUGCUGCAGCUAGUUGACAGCAGCAUUCUGUCUAUCCUAUCACAGUGGUUUCACCUAAGACUUGUUUAGAACAAAUUCUUACAAAAGACAGAAAUGCAUAGCAAAUGAUAUUGCAUUUGAAAUUGGUACUGUAAAAGAAAAACAUUGCUGUGUGGCUGAAUCUAUGGAUCUCAUCUUAAACUUAAUAAUUAUUAUUAUUGAUCAAAAUGUAAGAAAUCCUCUCAAAAACAUGCAGUUCUAAUAUCAAUAAUGCAAACCAGAGGGCUAGAGGUAUAUCAUCCAAUGUGCUUUUACAUCAAUGCAAGCUGAUAUCGUACUGUUGCAGAAUAAAUAAGAGGGGCAUUUCCCAGUGUUUUGUUA